CAGACACAGACACAGACACAGCCCGAGAGCGAUGGAUGGUGAGGGAGGGGGCCAGCCCGAUGUCUAUUGUUACACCGGCCUUCUCUGCCAGUGAAAGCUGCCUGUCCUGUCCUGUCCUGUCCUAUCCUAUCCUGUCCUGUCCUGUCUGCCUGCCUGCCCGCUUGCCUGCCUGCCUGUCUGCCUGUCUGCCUGUCGACCUGCCUAGGAGAUAGCUCGCUCGUGCACCAGCGCCACCACAAGCACCUGACUCCGCUGACUGACUGCCUCCCACUCUACCUACCGCGCUACAUACAACACUGUACUUACUGUCUGUCUGUCUCUACUACUACUACUAACUACUGCCUAUUGCUAUUGCUAUUACUACUCCUUCUCCUCCUUCUCCUCCUCCUCCUCCUCCACCACCACCACCACCACAACCACAACCACAACCACCAAUACCACCACCACCACCACUUCCUCCUCCUCCCCCUCCUCCUCUCCUGCUCCGCCGCCUCCCACUGCGCUGUGCUGCUCUUCUUCGUUGCAGCAACUAGCGCUCUACGGCCUCCAUGAUUGCACUAGACCAACAGCCACACCUUCAACUCUGUUGAUGUGACUAGGUUGCAGACUGCUUCCUCCGGCCCACCCCGCUUCCUGUCGAAUUCUCUCGGCCACUCAAUCACAAGCCCAGACAGCGGUCCCUUGUCUUCGCCAUCGCUACCACUCCUUUACAGUACUACUACUGCCACUACUGGCUGUCCAGAACACGGAUUCCAAAGGGAACGCCAUACUCUCACCGAUUCCCAAACCUACCACUGUCCUCGCCCGGUGACAAGCUCAGUAUGGUCGGCAUCUUUAAGCGCAUCUAUGAUUGGCUACUCAGCCUGUUCUGGGCGACUGAAAUGGACAUCACCAUGAUCGGCCUGCAGAAUGCUGGAAAGACUUCCUUGCUGAGGGUCCUGGCGGGCGGCGAGUUCACCAUCGAUUCCAUACCGACAGUGGGCUUCAACAUGAAGCGCGUACAGAAGGGUCAUGUCACUUUGAAGUGUUGGGAUCUCGGAGGCCAGCCUAGAUUUCGAUCGAUGUGGGAGCGGUAUUGUCGAGGGGUGAAUGCCAUUGUCUUCAUUGUCGAUUCAGCCGACAAGGAAGCCCUUCCCGUCGCCAAAGAGGAAAUGCACAUACUCUUGGACAAGCCAGCAAUGGAGGGGAUCCCUCUUCUUGUGCUUGGGAACAAGUCCGACCUCUCGGGGCACGCAACAGUGGACGAGCUGAUUGCGGCUCUGAAUCUCAAGUCUGUAACGCACCGCGAAGUCAGCUGUUACGGCAUAAGCGCGAAAGAGGAAACCAACCUGGAUGCGGUACUGCAAUGGCUCAUUGCUCGAGCGCAGAAAUAGGCCCUCUUAUCCACGUUCAACCACGAUACUUAACGGCCGCUCCAUCGGAAUGAAAGCCUGACUUCAUAAGUGAUACGGCCCCUCCUCCGACGACGAAGACGACGACGACGACGACGGCAACGACAUGUUAGCUUCUUAAGAUAUUGUUGAAUUUUCUCUCUGUGUGUGAGUGUGAGUGUGAGUGUGUGGUCGGUAGGCAUAAAAGGCAUUAGGACAAGCGGCGCAAAGCUGCAACGCCAGCGAUGGCAAUAUUUGCUCCAAGCAAGCACAAGAGUCUCACCUCUACCCUUUUGUCGUAUUUUUUAUGCUGCUUCCUUCUCGGUGGACAAGGUAAAAGUUUCGAAGAGACUUUUCCUCUUUCUUAUCGUGUGUCUGAAAAGGGCAGGGUUGCGCCAGAAUAUAGUUAACCUCUCGUGAGUCGAGUGUCGAGAAAUGGAAGGAAUAAGGUAUGUAUGGUUCGACAUGAUGUGAUUGAGACGAGUAUUGAGUAUGGCAGCAUGCGACACGAUCGGAUGGAUUUUCCAUGUCGAGUUCAGAUGUGAGCGAUAGCAGAGGCGAGCGAGCGAUAGUUUUAUCGUAUGGCGUGUUGUUGCUGUAGUUGUUUUCUCCCCAGCUCUUUUCCCACCGUCCAAGUCGUCCCAUCUCUCACACAAGAGUUUGCGUAUACGAUAGAUGUGCGAGAGCAUCAUAUGAUAUAAUCAAAUGGCUUCCUCCAUAUCCCUGAUCCGAGAAGAGGAAGAGAAGCGAGACUGCAUCAG